GGUGGUUCAGUGGUAGAGCGAGUUGUCAUCCAAUUGGAAGGUUGGGAAUUUGAUUCAACUCCGUCUACACAUCAAUUACAAUAACUCCAUGUUGUGUGUGAAUGGGUAUGGGUGAGAUGUGUGGUGGAAAACUGCUCUGCACAUAGAUGUACUACUGUAUGAAUGUGUGAGUGAAUGGACCAGUAAAAUAGCACAAUAACCUAUGAAAAACAAAAACUCUGAUUUUUUUUUCCUUUGUUUUCAUUUAAAGAAGUCUCUUUUUACAAAACAUGACAUUUUUAAGUGCAAUUUCAACAAUAUUAUGCCUAAAUUCACCAUUUACACAUCACACUGUAUCUAUAAAGGCACAACCAUCUAGUCACAGAUAUCUGGAAGUGAAAAAUAUAGUAUUUCACAUUAUGAUUAGAUAACUAAUUCAUCCUGCGGGGCCUGACUGGACCCUCUGGUGGGCUGGUUCUGCCCCGCAGGCCAUACGUUUGACACCCCUGCUCUAAAUUGUGCACUGCCACAGGGUAUAUUGCCAGUCCAGAGUAUUGAUAAAUGGGAGCAUAAGAAACAAAACGGAGACAAAUCAAAUAUGUGGAUCACCGAGAAAAUCAGUGAAGGUUGGUUGCUGGUUUGCAUCCCAGUGGCAUGUUGCAUGUUCUCCCUGCGUGUGCAUGUCUCCGUUUUCCUCCCACAUGUCCAAAAACACGCAGAGGUUGAAUGGACACUGUGUGUUGUCCCUGUGAUGGACCGGUGACCUGUCCAGAGUGUACCCGUACCCUGCCUUUUGCCCUUUGUCAGCUGGGAUUGGCACCACCAGCCCUGGAUGGAUGGAUGGGUGGAUGAAAAGGCAGGUACCAUGACCUGUAGAGGAGAAGUGAAUCGUUUUAUCAGAUGGUCGGGUUUAAAGGGGAUAAUUGGCUGCAGAAACACCUGAAUCAGUCCACCUCUGCUGAGUGAUGACAUCUUUUUGUGUCUUGUUUGUGAUCACUGGCCGAAGUUGCAGAUUUCACAUGAGGGGCCACACCUUCUCCUCCUCAUCUGCUUGGAGGAGCACAUACAGUAUAGAUGUAGCCCCUACCUGGAGGAUUGCUAUGGCAACAGGUUGCCAGUGGCGACGGGGUAGCACUACGUCCCUGCCUUCAUGUCUGCGGGGAUGAGCGGCGCGUCAGGACGACGAGGAGGAGGAGGAGGAGGAGAGAAGAGAGAGGGGGGGAAAACACCCAGAGAGAGGGAAGAGAGGAGCAGAAGCAGCAGCGGAGAAGAGUGAGGUCCUCGUCUCUGAGCCCAUCUUCACCUUAAACUUUCAGCAACCGACAAAGAGCUGGAGCCGAGACGAUCAAGCAUGGAUGUGCCCAGGAUGGCUGAGGGCCUCUUCAGCAGCACGCUGUCCUCGUCAGGGGGCGGCCAUCACGUGCCUUCCUACCUGACGCUGGAGCAGAAGGCCGCCUUCGUCUUCGUGCUGCUGCUCUUCAUCUUCCUGGCCCUGCUCAUCGUGCGCUGUUUCCGCAUCCUGCUGGACCCCUACCGCAGCAUGCCCUCAUCCAACUGGACUGACCACACCGAGAAGGACACGUUUGAUUACCGCAUCGUCUGAGGGUAAUCGAACGUGAAGAAGAUCACAUAAAACAAGACUGUUUGAUGCUGGAAGAACACUCUGGCCCUCAGAAGAAAUGACUGCUGAUUCACCCGGAGGACGUCUUUCAGAAAAUCCUCUGAAUGUUCAGACUGGAAAAAUGGAUGUCGACGGCGAAUUGUCGUCGAUGUCAGUGCCAGCCAGAGUUCAACAGCUUCUCCCUGCCAAAUCAUCCGAUUUCAACAAGACAACCACCAACUAUGCUAUGAAGAUUAUUGAUCAUACUACCAUCGAUCUCGGUCCGAGUGAUGCACCAGAGCCUUGUGAGGUUCACCCAUGACCCCCCCUCCCCUAACAUCAGUUCUGUUGUGGACUACCUCGUUCCUCCCGCAUCUCAUGUGUGAAAACUCACAUCUCACACAGGGUUGAGUGUCUUUUAAUGAUCUGAAACAGUGUUUACAUCCUUCCACGUUUACGUGCUUAGAUUUUUAUUGAUAAUGUAGACAAUCAGUGUUCAAUAGAGUAACAGAUAGAAAACAGUCCUUUGCUUUCAGCAUAUGUUGUCUUAAGUUGUGGACAAACACGAGAGGUCCAAAAGACUUUAUAUGACUGAUGAGAUUCAGCCGAAGAGGAAUUUCAUGCCUUAUGUCUUUGUAUGAUAUUCUUUUGUGGUUGUUACCGCAGAGAUUUGUAGGUAAAACCAUGAAGAAGAGUAGGGUCAAGGUCGUAAAAAAGCAGGUUAAACAAGAAUGGCACUAAGCAGCGCUCAUACCUCCACCAAGGCCCAAACAAUCUCCUUAGGCCUGAUUUAUACUCUGUUGCUCAACAGAACUUCACUAUAUGCGUCUGCAAAACGUUCCGUUGAUCUUCAUGGUGCUUACACUCCCUUGUAACUGGCCCCUUAAUGGUUGACUCACACAGGUGUCAACUGAAAUGCUCCUCAUUCACUUUGAAUGAAGGGGCCUUUAGGCAGUGCCCAACUGCAUUUUGGGUCCACUGCUUCGCUUUGCUCGCAUUGCAUGUGGCUGUUGUGUGCAACUUUCUGAACAUCUUGUGCAAAUCUUCCAGAAAUGGGCACGAGCCAAUCAAAUUUCACUUUUUGCACUCAGCCCAAACACUACACAGCCCAAUCGUAGCUCUCGGACAAGGUUGUUCUCCACUGUUGCUGAAUUUUUGAAGUGAACCCAACAUGGCAGACAUCAUAUCAUAGCAAAAUUAGCAACACUUGCUACAUAGCAGUCAUGACAGACACUGGUCUGCUACCUCCAGCACCAUCAUGGAUGCCUAUCUCCAAGCGUUAGGUUACAUGGUAGUCCACCGGGAUCAGACUACAUGAAUUCAAGCCAAUUGUCAAGCGAUUUGGUCGUGACUGACACAUUUCCAGUCAAGUCGAGUCAAGUCAAUUUUAUUUAUAUAGCCUGACAUCACAAACACAAUUUGCCUCAAAGGGCUUUACAGUCUGUACAGCAAGUGACAGCCUCUAUCCUUAGACCCUCACAUCGAGUAAGGAAAAACUCCAGGAAGAAACCUCAGGAAGAGCCACAGAGGCAUCCCUCUCCCAGGACAGAUCCGAUUAUGAACAUCGGGAAGGAUGAACGUGUCGUGUAACAUAACUGGAGAACAGAGAUUUGGCAUCUGGGAUGCUCCGCAACACCCCCACAAGAAGUCUACCAUGUUAGAAUCUCCUAUGACGUACUCCUGGACAAUGACCAAUCAGGUAUAACAGAGUGCUCUGACGCGGUGUAUGAUAAGAUAAACAUGGCAAGGAGGAAGAGGAGUGCUGCUGCCGAAGAACGCUUCGUUGAGCUUUGGCAGCAGUACCUCCGCCUCUUUGACGUCUCCUCAAGGGGCUACCACGACACGUCCGCGAGCAUCCCCCACAACUCUUUGGUAGACAUGAUUGACCUAUGAACUUGCACAGUGUCGUGAACAAUGAUUGGGGUCGGGGUCACACUUGUCGUGAUGCCAUUCCCCGAACAAGACAAGGAAAGAAUCCGUGCCACUGUGAUUGAUAAUCUGACAUAGUGAAGAGAAUGAAGAGUGUCCAUGACGCAAGAACUUCUGGGAGGAAAGUUUUGAGCAACACUUUCUUCUGUCAAUUUCUGUUGGGCAACAGAGUAAAAAUCACGCUUUAGAUUCAGUCAAAUAAAACUCCUUACCCUGAUCUUCUCCAAAAUGUAUGGGUUCUUCAAUGGCCCUUAUUUCCAUCCCUCAACAAAGUGUUGUCAAUAAACGAUCAAUAAAACAAACCAACAGAUGGAUGCGGGUCAAACACAUAACCUCCUGGUCAAAGCAAAUAUUCAUAAAGAAGCCUACUAUGGUGGAAGUUUUCCCUUUAAUGUUUUCAGAGUGGCCAGGCAGAUACAGUAGAUGCCAGCAGUGAGUAACGUGUUGUAAAAACAAAAAAGAACAAAAAAACGUGUCCUUUCAAUCAUAUGCCGGGGCGUUCAGUGUCAGCGUCUUUAGAUGUCAGCAACCAAAAGGUGUCAAAGAAAAAAAAAGGUUUACUGUGUUGUACCCUGUGCCUAAUUUGAAGAAAAACAAAUGUUUAGAUUGAUGUUUUAGGAAAAAGAAAGACAACGGAUUCACAUUUAGUUUUUUUGUCUUUAAAUGUAGUUUUAUUUACAAACUUAUUUUUUAAUUUCCGUGUGUAUUAAACUUAAACAGCAUUUUACUGCCUGCAGUUGGUAUAUUGACAGUUGGUAUGCCAGAUCUGCAGAGAGUUGGUGGUGAAGACGGCGACGCGUCUUCACAUCAAACCCUUUACUGAUGUUGCGGCUCUUUCGUUGGGCAACUUUUCAACUGUGCGCCUUAUAGUGUAGAUUGUUUACAGUAUCAUAGGUGGCGGAGACACUGGAAAUCAACGAUUUCGCUGAUGCGACGGUGUCUUUGCACUUCAUGGCGAUGUCAUACAACUUGCUUAUAAGAAAAAGAAGAAGAAGAAGAAGAAAAAGAUUAUUCCCUAAUCCAUUUUCUGCCUGGACAGGAAGUGAGCUAUGACCUUUCCGACGACAUGUGAUGUUCUUGUGGUCUGCUGUGGCCUUCUCCUUACUAUCGCAAAUGUUGCGAUGUUGUGCUGCGGUGGUGUUUUAUUCUUGUUAUGUUUUUGGGUUUUUUUUCUUGGAUUUUGCAUGUGUUUCCUGCAGAGUAUCCUCUCCGUGCAUGAUAAAUGGUGAAGUGCUUUAAUCCUGAUGUCGUGGGUCGGUUGCCCAAGCAGCUCCUUCCUGUCUUUCCUUUUAAUCUGUUUUUUGCCUGAAGCCGUCCUUCUUUUUUCAAAUAAAAAAAGAAAAUGA